AUGCUUUUGCUAGAGCUUCUUCAUCGCUGGGGAUUCUUGGGUGAUCGUGUAGCCUAUCUGCUAGACCUUCACAGCGACGGGCCGAAGCAAGACAGGACCACGGCAGUAGAAGGCCUCAACAACCUGUUCUUGUGCUUUGAAAGCUUGGCUUUCUGCAUUAUGCACUAUCGAGCUUAUCCUGCGAGGGAGUGGGUUCGGCUGCUGGAAGCUGUGGAGGAAAAGCGCGAGUUUGAGGAUCGGCGGCUGUGGAAGCGCAUAGAGUCCAACAGCCCUCAGUCUGCAUGGUGGGAGAAAGCCAAGACCGAGCUGAAUCCAGCCGAGCAGAUCUACGCGGUAUCUCAACUUUAUACCGAGUUGCAAGCUCUACGCUAUGAGGCUAGUCACGGCAACUUCAUGCGAGGUGUCACCCGAAACCUUUCUGGCGCAUGGGGGCGCGGUCUCACCCGCGGUCUGACGCGUGGAUUCACCGGUGCCCUGGGCGGUGCGGGUUGGUCUCGAAGGAUUUCGCACUUGUGGGGGGAUGCGGAUGAAGAGGAUGAAGAGGAAGAGGUGGAUGAGCAUGCGGAGCCGCUUCUCAAGAGCUAG